AUGUCUCCCGCAGCCGUGGACCACGACGACGACCCCGUCCUUGCUGAGUAUGACGUUUUCAUCACACCGGAGCUCGAGGAACAAAUCUACCUUCUGCAGUACCCCAACCGCGGGCGAGACCAGCCAUAUAAUGAGCGCUCCAACUCCAAACCUCUCGAGGUGCGCAUGAAGCCCAAUACCGGCUUCAUCGAAGUCGACGUCCCGGUGAACGUCCAUGGCAACUACGACAAGCGCAAAGGCGUGAAAUGGGGCGAGGCUAUGCGCAUGGCCCAGGACAACGGCGAGAGCGCUUUUGGUUUGGCCGCUGGCUUCAGCGGUCUUGCCAAGGGAGCUGUGCCCCCGAGAGCUGGUGCCUCCAGCCGCCAGGACAUCCAGGACAUGGAGCUGGAGGAGGAUAGCGUGGAGCAACUUCUCCAGCGCUUCGACGAUGCCAACGACAAGGGCCACGUGCUGAACAAGCAGACUCUUGGCGGGCAGAUUAUGAAGGAUGAGACGGGCAAGCCCAUCUACAUGCUUGGUACCUACCGAGGCAGAGAGCUUCAUCUCACACGGAUUUCCGGCAUCGUCCAGAUGCGUCCUCAAUUCCACCACCUGGAUGCUGUUCGCGAGCUCUCCAACGCCAACCGCCGUAGAGAGCGCGAGGCCGUCGAGGGUGCAAGGGCGAACGAACCUCGCGCUGUGCAGAUGACCAUAAAGAAUGAAGACAAUGACACGGCGCAAUCCAAGGAGUUCCUUUUCCGCGCCCAGGAAGAGAAGUGGACCAAGUUGAGAUACUAUGACGAAGAGACUGACGAGGCGUUCGAAACUUACCACGACAAGAUGUUUGUCGAUGAUACCGAGAACGCCGCCAAGCUCAAGUCCUCGAUGACGAACGAGCAAUACCUUGACGCUAUCAGCGCCGAGCGUCACGACCCCAGCGGGCGCUCGAAGAAGAAGCCGCUGACGAAGAAGCAAAUGCAGCGGAUUGAAGAUUCCGAGGAUUCAGACGUUCCCGAAGAUGAUGAGGAUGGAGCUGCGGCACAGGCCGAAACAGUCAUGGUGGAAUGA